UGUCUGCAGUCAAAGAUGGCGGUGCGGAAGAAAGACGGCGGCCCAAAUGUAAAAUAUUUCGAAGCGUCUGAUACCGUUUCUCAGUUUGAUAAUGUCCGCGUCUGGCUGGGAAAGAAUUACAAAAAGUACAUCCAGGCCGAGCCCCCCACCAACAAGUCUCUGUCCAGCCUGGUGGUCCAGCUGCUCCAGUUCCAGGAGGAGGUGUUCGGUCGCCAUGUCAGCAACCCUCCGCUCACCAAGCUGCCAAUGAAGUGUUUUCUGGACUUUAAGUCAGGAGGAUCCCUCUGCCACAUCCUGGCCGCUGCCUACAAGUUCAAGAGUGACCAAGGAUGGCGCAGGUUUGACUUCCAGAAUCCAUCGAGGAUGGACCGAAAUGUUGAGAUGUUCAUGACCAUCGAGAAGUCCUUAGUGCAGAACAACUGCCUGAGCAGACCAGUCAUCUACCUGAGCUCUGACAUAGAGCCCAAGCUGCUCGGGAAACUGAAAGACAUCAUCAAAAGACAUCAGGGCUCAGUGACCGAGGAGAAGGCCUCCAGCUCCCAUGUUGUCGUUCCUAUUCCCACCAGCCUGGAGGAAGAGGAAUGGAUUCGUCCCGUGAUGAAGAGAGACAAGCAAGUGCUGCUCCACUGGGGAUAUUUUCCUGACGGUUAUGAUACCUGGAUCCCAUCCAGUGAGAUUGAGGCUACAGUGGAGGAUCCUCCCAGCCCAGAAAAGCCCAGAAAGGUCCAUGCAAAGUGGAUUUUAGACUUGGACCAGUAUAACGAGUGGAUGAACGAGGAAGACUAUGAAGUGGGAGAAGGCUGCCCGAAGAGGAAGAGGAUCUCCGCCAAGACCCUGACAGAUGAGGUGACCACGCCAGACGAGCGAAGGGACAAGAAACCAGGCAGCGCCAAGAAGAGGAAGAGGUCGCCGUCCCCCUCCCCCACCCCCCCGCCUCAGGAGAGCAAGAAAAAGAAUACCAAAAAAGGGCCAACGACCCCGUACACCAAGUCUAAACGGGGCCAAAGGGAGGAGGAGCAGGAAGACCCCAGCAAAGACCUGGAUGAAGCCUCACCCGUUCCAGCAUCUGAAGAGGGAAACACACCUAAAACAAAUAACACUAAGAAAGACUCGGAUUCAACUCCAGUCAAGGGGGGAGCAGAUUUGGACGAGCAAGAGGAUGAGUCCAUGGAAACAACAGGCAAGGAGGAGGAGGAAGGCUCUCCAAGCGUGAAGGGCGAACCAGUGAAAGGCUCGGACCUCCACGAGGACAACGUGACCGAGCAGACUCAUCACAUCAUCAUACCCAGCUACGCUGCCUGGUUCGACUACAACAGUGUUCAUGCCAUUGAGCGCAGAGCCCUGCCAGAGUUCUUUAAUGGGAAGAACAAAUCCAAAACUCCGGAGAUUUACCUGGCGUACAGGAACUUCAUGAUUGACACCUACAGACUGAACCCUCAGGAGUACCUGACGUCCACCGCCUGCCGCAGGAACCUGGCCGGAGACGUCUGUGCCAUCAUGAGAGUUCAUGCCUUCCUGGAGCAGUGGGGCCUCAUCAACUACCAGGUGGACUCUGAGAGCAGACCCACACCCAUGGGCCCCCCACCCACCUCUCACUUCCACGUCCUGGCAGACACUCCGUCCAGUCUGGUUCCCCUGCAGCCCAAAACGUCCCAGACCCCGGCCACCCAGCAGAUUAUCUCCUUCCCUGACAAAGUGAAGGAGAAACCUGCAGAUCUGCAGAACUUUGGGCUGAGGACUGACAUGUACAGCAAGAAGACGGGCCCUGUGAAGAGCAAGAGUACAGCGAGCUCUAUGAGGGAGUGGACAGAACAAGAAACACUUCUACUCCUUGAGGGGUUGGAGAUGUUCAAGGACGACUGGAACAAGGUUUCAGAACACGUGGGCAGCCGUACGCAGGAUGAGUGCAUCCUGCACUUCCUGCGGCUGCCCAUCGAAGACCCUUACCUGGAGGAAAACUCCUCGUCCCUGGGGCCGCUCGCCUUCCAGCCGGUUCCUUUCAGCCAGGCAGGAAACCCGGUGAUGAGCUCGGUAGCCUUCCUCGCCUCUGUUGUCGACCCCCGCGUCGCCUCGGCUGCAGCCAAGUCUGCUCUGGAGGAGUUUUCUCGUAUGAAGGAGGAGGUUCCCGCGGCGCUCGUGGAGGCUCAUGUCCGACGGGUGGAGGAGGCAGCGAGGGUCAGCGGGCGACAAGACCCUCUGUACGGCCUGGAGGGGAGCGGCAUCGCAGGCACCGGCCUGGAGGAGGGGGAGAGACCUGAUGAAAACAGUGAUGAAAACAAGAGUGACAACCAGCCAAGUGAAGAAAAGAGGGAGGCCAAGGAGAACAAAGAUGGAGCGACUGAGGAAGAGGAGAAGCAGCCGGAGAAUGGGAAGAAGGAAGAAGAAAGAGGGAGAGAACAAGAGGGAGAGAGGGAGGCGGACAAAACAGAGGCGGAGAUGGGCGAUGGGGAGAAGGAGAAGGACGGAAAGGAGGGCACGGAGGAAGGGCAGAGAGAGGCGGAGAGCGAAGGAGAGAGGAAGGCUAAAGUGGAGCGAGACGUGGGAGAGGGGAACCUGGCCACCGCCGCUGCGUCUGCCCUCGCAGCUGCUGCUGUCAAAGCCAAGCACCUGGCUGCGGUGGAGGAGAGGAAGAUCAAAUCUCUCGUGGCGCUGCUGGUGGAGACCCAAAUGAAGAAGCUGGAGAUUAAACUGCGACACUUCGAAGAACUGGAAACCAUCAUGGACAGAGAGAGGGAGGCUUUGGAGUACCAGCGUCAGCAGCUGCUGGCUGACCGGCAGUCCUUCCACAUGGAGCAGCUGAAGUACGCGGAGAUGAGGGCCCGCCAGCAGCACUUCCAGCAGAUCCAGCACCAGCAGCACCAGGCGGGGGGGCCUCAUGCCAACCAGGCGGCCCCGGCCCCCACCCCACCGAGCCAGGGUCCCACCGCAGGUCAGUCGGCUCCCAGCACACCAGCGCCGCAGCCGGCCCCCAGCCCCGCCCCUCCAGCUUCUGCCCCGGCCCCUGAGUCCCAGCCCCCUCAGAGUGCUCACACCUCGCCCUCCUGCCCCCCCGGCGGGACCCCCGCUGCCAACUCCAACUCCAGCUCCAGCUCCAGCAUUACUCCACUCCAUGAGGCCGCCGCCCCUCUUUCCGGGGAAACCCUCCACCCCUCGGCUCCCGUCGCGCCUCCACAGUGAGAGAAACCUGCCUGAGACUCCCAAUGACUCUGACCACUUUGAAUCCUGCCGGUAUUAUCUAAAAUGAAGAAGUCAUGACAUGAAGGAAGAGAACACAUUUCACAUGUUCAGCUCUUGUUUUCUUUUCCAACAGGACAAUUAAUGCAAGAAAAAAAUACUAAAUCAAACCAGCUCUACUUUGACUCUGUUAUAAAAAGAAGUCCCUUUCAAAUGUAAUCUGCCAAUGACGAAAUGUACUUUCAAACAGAAGCUGUCCCUCCGGUGAGGUCGAUUGGACAGCAACAUCUCACGACAUGUUUGAACUAGGAGAGUCUCACCGACAUGCUGCCGCUCGAGGAGAAAAGACUCAUCUUGUGUUCAGUGUUUUGGAAAUGGUUGCAUUUAUUGUCUGCAACAGUUUGCUUGUAAAGGCGUCACAAUCUCUCCAGAGUUCCCCCGCUUGUUCUGAAGGUACGAAAGUUAAAUGAUAUGUAAGACAAAAAAUGCACUUUUAACAUGUUUCCCAAGUUCUCAUUGAAAGACUUGACGCAUCCAUGAAAUUGAACUUUAGCACUUAUAUUAUCCCUUUGUUGUCUUAAAUACUUUUUCAUGCUGGAGGUUUUGAAAACUUGAUUGGGAAUGUUACCUUUAUUUGUGUUAAAUGGUCAAACGGUCACUCUACAGGCCUGAAGGUUGCGUCAGUAAUGAAUGGAAACAAAUCAAAAGCCGGUUGGAAAUUAAGUUUGGAUACAGUUUGAGGAAAUGUACUGUAGACUGGAUUUUCUGUUACGAACACACCUUGUGUUGCCCCAUAACGAUGAUAUUUGAAAGUACUGACCCUGUGAGAUUUUCAUUCUGAAAUGAGCUCUCUUUAAAUCUAUCUCAAUAAUGUCCCUCUUUUCAACAGCACUUAUAGAAAACGUCGCGAUGGGGUUUCAUGUUUUCUAAAUCUGGGUGUAUUCAAAGCAUCUAGUCUUGUGAGGAAUGUAGUUUUGUUCAGAAGGAAUGACUGAAAAUCUGGGAAUGAUAAUUCCACCAGCGACCGCAUCAGUGUUUUAUUCAUGAUUUGUGUUCAUUGCUAAACCAAAAGGUUUUUAUAAUCAUUUUUAUCUCACAUUUAUUCAGUGAGUUUUAUUGUGGUGUCUUGGGGAAAAAGAGGAUUUUUAGUUUUUUAGCAGCUCUGGUGCAUUUCAAGUUACACAUGGAAGAAAUGUAAAUGCUGUCAAGAAAAACAAACAAGGGAGCUCGCACCUUAAACAGUUGACAAUGGAGAAUUGUGUCCUUAAUAUCUGCAACAAUAUCCUCACUUUAUAUCCUAUCAAUUUUUAUAUUUUUUACUGUACGUUUUUUCCAUCUUUUCUUGUCAACAUUGUACCUGUAUAUGAUUCCCUUUGUAGACUAUAUUUACCCUCUCCACUGUUGUGUAUGAUUCAGGCAGGUCUGUUGGAUCUGUCCAGAUGUGAGUGUGAGCAUGUGUGUAUGUGAACGCAUGCCAUGAACAUCUGUAAAACCUCCGUUCAGUUUUAUUUCCAGUGCCAUUUGCCGUGUGUCAUAACGUUUCCAGAAUAAUAAAAAAAGCAGGCUUCAUUGUGCACACGGCCACCACGUCAGUGUCAUGAAAUAUAAUCCAGUCAGAAGGUGAAGCUCUACAGUCGGUGUCCGUCAAGCCAGUAUUACAGACCUCACCACAGCCGUGAGCAUACAUGGACUUCUUUUAACUGUGUAAUUACUACAUUGUGUGGACUUUGUGAUAUGAAAUAAGUGUAUGUUUAGUUUCUGUAUGUUUUUCACUAUGCUGAAGCUAGCAGCAGAUUGCAUUGAUUAUUAUACGGUAGAAAUCAUUUUUUCCUCAGUAAAUCAUCGCAUUCGUGCUGACAGUUACUCUGGCAGUUUGUAUUUUAAAAAGAGGCAAAAGAAAAGGUCCAGGUUUUCAUUACAAAAUGUUGGGAAAAAAUAAAGAUGUGAAGAGGAA